GGCGAAUAUGGCACGAAGAAGGACCUCAUCACGGUCGCUAUGGAAAUUGCUGAAUGCUCCUUGGAGGUGACUCGAUGUGCCAAGGCUCUGGCUAAGGAAUGCACCGAUAGACGCAUGAAGUCCAACUUAUCUCAGCUAAGUGACCGUAUUCUCACCAUUGGAAACCAACUGAGAAUCUUAUCGACCGUCAAGGCCACGAUGCUCGGCAAUGAAUGCUGA